AUGGAUAGAGCCACAGACGAGACAUUUCCGCCACAGAAGCGGCCUCGGACUAGUGGGCUACAAGGGGAGGCGGAACGAAUUAGACAGUCUUCCCAGGGCUCGCCCUUCUACAGUUAUGGCACUGGGGAUCAAUUCAACGCCCCCCAGGGCAAACUGGACAUCACCAAAGGCCCCGGCAAUCAAUUCCCUGGAGCCACUUUCCACGCUCCUGUGUAUUUUGGCACACAGGAACACUUCGACCCGUUACGAGAAUGCUUAAGAUCACUGGCUUUUCUAGAAAUAGAUAAUCGGUCCAACGAUAUUGAUACUGCCGCGACGGGAACAUGCGAGUGGCUACUUCGACAUAAAACGUACACGAGCUGGGCCUCUUGUGGUCGAGGCCUGCUUUGGAUCAAAGGGAAGCCCGGCUCUGGGAAGUCGACGUUGCUGCGAUACGUUCUGGACUAUAUCGUGGCAAUACCUAAUACCGGAGAGGGAGCCUUGAUCCUCUCAUUCUUCUUCCACGGCCGUGGCUCUGAACUCCAAAAGACGCCGUUUGGCCUCUUCCGGUCGCUCCUUCACCAACUCCUACGCCAGGUCCCUAAGGCACUGACUGACCUUAUGGCCACUUUCCAACAACGGUGCGAAACCAUUGGCAAGCCGGGCGAAAAGUGGCAGUGGCAUCCACGCGAGCUACAACGCUUCUCCGAGUCAUCGCUUCUGAAGGUCUUGAGGACUCAUCCAGUCUGGUUAUUCGUCGAUGCGUUAGACGAAUGUGGCAAAGAGAACGCGGUGAAGUUAGUCGAGGAUUUUGAGUCUAUGCUCCAGAGGCCCCCGUCUAGCGACUUAAAACGAUUUCGCAUCUGCUUUACUUGUCGUCACUACCCGAUACUGAACCUGGAUGGUGUGUUUGAAGUAUGCGUAGAGAAAGAGAACCAGAAGGAUAUAUCGACUUUCGUGCAAGAUAAGCUCUCUUCGUUCCGUGGACGGACAUUAUCCACGAUUCCGGAUUUAAUCAUAAAACGGGCCGACGGCGUUUUCUUAUGGGCGUGGCUUAUAGUGAAGCAAGUUCUUGACCUUGAGCGCGAGGGUGUCGGAAUAAAGAGUAUUGAGGCCAAAAUCCGUUCGGUCCCUCAAGAGCUCGAUGCGUUAUACUGCGAACUUAUCCGAAAUAUGGGUUCGGAAUCUCUGAAACUCGUCCAAUGGAUCUGUUUUGCCACGCGGCCCUUGUCACUAAACGAAUUGCGAUGGGCUAUGCUUAUCGACGCGGAUUGCCCACACCGGUCAUUAUAUGAAUGCCAGAGCGCAGGAGAUCACCCAUCCGACGAUGAUGUGAUGAAGAGACGAGUUCAGACGCUGAGCUGCGGUCUUGCCGAGGUCACGUCUUCUGUCCGUCAAGGACUUUUUCGUCGAGAAGGGUAUAUCGGCUCUGGACGAGUCCAGUUCAUCCACCAGUCCGUCAAGGACUUUUUCGUCGAGAAGGGCCUAUCGGCUUUGGACGAGUCCACCAAAACCGAUUUUGUAGGAAUCGCACACCAUCGGCUUUCUAGGACCUGCAUACGCUACUUGGCAAUGGAGGAGAUCGACCGGUCAGCAAGUCAAAAGCGUAGCGAUAUACUAUCCGAGUUUCCUCUCCUACAUUACGCCACGACCUCUUGGGUGGCACACACGAAGGAAAGUGAUGCUAGAAGUAUCUCUCAAGAGGAUCUUCUGGAAUAUUUCGCAGGGCCAUUAAACACUCUGAUGGAACGAUGGGUGCGUAUUUAUAGAAUAUUAGACACAUAUUCUGAUGGCUGUCCGGCAGAAGGAACUAGUCUAGUACACGUUAUGUCGAGGUAUGGAGUGGCAGGGGCGUUAUGGGCCAUUUUGGAAAGGACAGAUCAAGUUGGCAUUAAUAUCGAUGCCAAAGAUUCGCAUGACCGGACGCCGCUGUUAUGGGCCGCCACGAACGGGCACGAGGCCGUCGUGCGGCUGCUCCUCGACCGGGGCGCCCACACCGAGGCGGCGGACAAGGACGGCCGGACGCCGCUAUGGAGGGCCGCCACGAACGGGGACGUGGCCGUCGUACGGCUGCUCCUCGACCGGGGCGCCCACACCGAGGCGGCAAACAAGGACGGCCGGACGCCGCUAUGGAGGGCCGCCACGAACGGGGACGUGGCCGUCGUGCGGCUGCUCCUCGACCGGGGCGCCCACACCGAGGCGGCGGACAAGGAGGGCCGGACGCCGCUGUGGUGGGCCACCGCGAAGGGGCUCGAGGCCGUCGUGGGGCUGCUCCACACCGGGGCGGCGGACAAGGAGGGCUGGACGCCGCUGUGGAGGGCCGCCGGGCGCGGGGACAAGGCCGUCGUGGGGCUGCUCCUCGACCGGGGCGCCCACACCGAGGCGGCGGACAAGGUGUGGGGCUUAACGCCGCUGGCGCAGGCCGCCGCGCGCGGGGACAAGGCCGUCGUGCGGCUGCUCCUCGACCGGGGCGCCCACACCGAGGCAGCGGACCAGGGGGGCCGGACGCCGCUGUGGUGGGCCGCCGCGAAGGGACUCGAGGCCGUCGUACGGCUGCUCCUUGACCGGGGCGCCCACACCGAGGCGGCGGACAAGGUGUGGGGCUUAACGCCGCUGGCGCAGGCCGCCGCGCGCGGGGACAAGGCCGUCGUGCGGCUGCUUCUCGACCGGGGCGCCUACACCGAGGCGGCGGACCAGGGGGGCCGGACGCCGCUGUGGAGGGCCGCCGGGCGUGGGGACAAGGCCGUCGUGGGGCUGCUCCACACCGAGGCGGUGGACAAGGAGGGCCGGACACCGCUGUGGAGGGCCGCCGGGGAGGGGGAUAAGGCCGUCGUGGGGCUGCUCCUCGACCGCGGCGCCCACACCGAGGCGGCGGACAAGGAGGGCCGGACGCCGCUGGCGCAGGCCGCCGCGCGCGGGGACAAGGCCGUCGUGCGGCUGCUCCUUGACCGGGGCGCCCACACCGAGGCGGCGGACAAGGAGGGUCAGACGCCGCUGUGGAUGGCCGCCGAGAACGGGCACGAGGCCGUCGUGCGGCUGCUCCUCGACCGGGGCGCCCACACCGAGGCGGCGGACAAGGUGUGGGGCUCGACGCCGCUGUGGAGGGCCGCCGAGCGUGGGCACGAGGCCGUCGUGCGGCUACUCCUCGACCGGGGCGCCCACACCGAGGCGGCGGACAAGGUGUGGGGCUUGACGCCGCUGGCGCAGGCCGCCGCGCGCGGGGACAAGGCCGUCGUGCGGCUGCUCCUUGACCGGGGCGCCCACACCGAGGCGGCGGACCAGGGGGGCCGGACGCCGCUGUCGCAGGCCGCCGCGCGCGGGGACAAGGCCGUCGUGCGGCUGCUGCAAGUCCAUAUUGCUCAACCUUCGUCCACUACGUUGCGCUGA